ACUUCUUUGACGUGCGCACAAAAGGCCUAUGUUUGGUUUCGAAUCAUCGGUUCCACUUGGCCUCCAUCAACACAAGUUGCGAUCGGUUUUGAUCGUGUUGUUUGUGUUUUUAAACCGUUUUGGUAUCAAAAAUUCGUCGAGAAAAGAGCAACAAUUCUUAUUUGUAGAGACAUUCAAUUCGGGAUGUUGAGUGUGGCAUUUGUUUUGAUCAGUAUUUUGGUUGCGAUUAUUCUCGUCUUAAGAAAUGGUGAUAAAGAAGUGAAUCAUUAUUGCGGUAGAAAGGCUACGUUCUCGCCUGAAUAUGGACUGUUCGUUUACUGGACUGAGGUAAGCAUGGUUUUCAAUCAAGCUUUAUGUGCACGUUCAAUAUUCAGGACAAUAACAGCGCAACUGAAGAAGAUCCGCGCUAUUGUGGUACUGAACAUACUAUCAUGUGUACUGGUGACGUUACCGAAUAUUGCCUCGCUACUGUCGGUUUAUUUUGGAAGAUUCCCAAUAAGUGUCUCCGAAACAGGUGAAUGGCUAUCGUCGAUCAACUCAGCGCUCAACUUUUUCGUUUAUAUCACUAUGAAUGCUGAAUUCAGACGUCGUGUGCGUGCAUUGCUUUGCACAAAUGUAAAAGUGGAUGCUGUCAACAUGGUGCAGCUGACUCCAGCUGCUCGUGAAUGA